ACAGAUUGGAAAAAGUCUACACCUGUCUCCUUCUUAUUUCGUUUUUGGGAAAAAUAAUCCAUGUUCUAACACUACCACUAUCGCUCACAAAUUGCCUAGUGUCUGUUUGCAUCUCUGUCUAUCUUGGGUCCGUUUGGAGGCGCGAGCGCAUCGAGUUUUUUGUUCAAAGGGGUGGGACAAGUGAAGUUCUCUCGUGAGCAGAGAACGAGCGGAGAGUCGCACAGCGCGAGACCGACGGUUUAUCAGGGGAGAGAGCAUACGUUUGCAACUCUUCUCUCUUACAGAUUAAAUAAGCAUCGUUUCCACAGGGGAACUGUUUCUCGUCCCGGGCACAAGAUGCAUCCUGCCUUAAGAGGGACUUUGUUACUUCUUCUCUUCUUGUUAAUUACGCAAGACUGUUUCUCCUCCAAGGCUGAGGACAGGCUCUUCAGGAAGCUCUUCAGGAAGUAUAACCAGUUCAUCCGGCCCGUGGAGAACGUGUCCGAUCCCGUCACUGUGGAGUUCGAGGUCUCCAUGUCCCAGCUGGUCAAAGUGGAUGAGGUGAAUCAGAUCAUGGAGACCAAUCUGUGGCUGAGACAUAUCUGGAAUGACUACAAGUUGAAGUGGGCCCCGGUGGAGUUUGAUGGGAUAGAGUUCAUCAGAGUUCCAUCCAACAAGAUCUGGAGACCAGACAUCGUGCUUUACAACAAUGCUGUGGGGGACUUCCUGGUGGAGGACAAGACCAAGGCUCUGCUGAAGUUUGACGGCACCAUCACUUGGGUCCCCCCUGCCAUCUUCAAGUCCUCCUGCCCCAUGGACAUCACCUACUUCCCCUUCGACUACCAGAACUGCUCCAUGAAGUUCGGCUCAUGGACCUACGACAAGGCCAAGAUCGACCUAGUCCUCAUCGGCUCCAAGGUCAAUCUCAAAGACUUCUGGGAGAGCGGGGAGUGGGAGAUCAUUGACGCGCCGGGCUACAAACACGACAUCAAGUACAACUGCUGUGAGGAGAUCUACCCCGACAUCACCUACUCCUUCUACAUCCGGAGACUUCCACUUUUCUACACCAUCAACCUCAUCAUCCCCUGCCUGCUCAUCUCCUUCCUCACCGUGCUGGUCUUCUACCUGCCCUCCGACUGCGGGGAGAAGGUCACCCUCUGCAUCUCCGUCCUCCUCUCCCUCACCGUGUUCCUGCUGGUCAUCACCGAGACCAUCCCCUCCACCUCACUGGUCAUCCCCCUCAUCGGCGAGUACCUGCUCUUCACCAUGAUCUUCGUCACGCUCAGCAUCGUCAUCACCGUCUUCGUGCUCAACGUGCACUACCGCACCCCCAUGACCCACACCAUGCCCGGGUGGGUGCGCUCCGUGUUCCUCAGCAUCCUGCCCAGGGUGAUGCUCAUGAGGAGGCCGCUGGACCAGGACGGCAAGGCCGUGGGGGUGCAGAGCUUCGGUGAGGGGGGAGGAUCCGGAGGCAGGGCCGGAGGGAGCGGGGGAAAGGGAGCGAAGAAGAGGAAGAACAGUCUCUCACAGCAAAGCGGAGGAGGCUCGGUCAACUGCCUGGACUUUGGAGAAAACAAGCUCUCCGUGGAAGGAGGCUGCGCUGGCAAGAAGUGUCCCUGCCCUUGCCAGCACGGCAAGGAAACCCCAGAGACAGCAGACCCUGGGAAGCUGAGUCGCCAACUGAGUCACCAGAGCGUCAACACGGUGGUGGCGUUCUCCAUGGUGUCACCUGAGAUCAAACAGGCCAUCGAGAGUGUCAAAUACAUCGCAGAGAACAUGAGGAGUCGGAACAAGGCCAAAGAGGUGGAGGAUGACUGGAAGUAUGUUGCCAUGGUGAUCGACAGGAUAUUCCUUUGGGUCUUUAUAACGGUCUGCAUCCUUGGAACCCUGGGCCUCUUCCUGCGGCCUGUCAUUGGCUUUCUGUCAUAACCAAAAAACAAUUAAGGUUCAUAGCAAUCAGCAAUCAGGCCAAUUAGCAGUUUUUUUCAUCUGGACCAAUUGAAUAAACGCUGUUAGUGCUGCACCAGGAGAAAUCUUUCACUUAGUCACUCUUGAAUUAAGUACCGUAAUCGAAACUUUUUCAAAUAAGUAUUCCCCAGAUAAAAACCCCAACCAUAGAAACCAAUAGCAAAAUGAGCAUUCACUAUUGAUAUAUUUUUAUCUGUCACAGCUAAUUAAUAAUCAGAUCGGCGAGGUCUCAGCCAAUCCUAACCACAUGCUUUCUGUGUUGCAACCAAUUACUAAUGAAACUGAGAAGACAUCUCAGAACGUCCUUGUAAUGUUAACAGCCUGUUGAAACAGUCAACUUCCGCCAUAGGUAUUGCUAUGACAACAUCAUGACUGUAUUCUCAUAGAAGGGUGUGGGGCAUCUUACAGGAAUAACCGAUCAGAGCUUCCGGCUCUGUAUCCUUAUGAAAAUGGACAUGAUACAAAGUACAAACAGAUGCCUUUAUGAGUGUUCUGGAAGGUUUAAUUUCUUAUCUGGGUAAAUAUAUGAUUCAUUUAUACAUGAAUGACAGCCUCCUGAAAUAGAACCUUCAACUCAAUUCUGGAAUUAAUGUAUCAGGGGAUUCUAUCAUCCAUUUUUAUGGUCAUUAAUUUAUGUGUUUAUUUUCCGAAUCAUUUUUAAAUUAAGUUCACCAUUGUAUGUAGCCCUGUAUUACCACACACAGAUAGCGCAUGAGAAACAUUGAUUAGCCUCUUUUAAAUGAGUCUACUAUAUCAGCCAUUCCAGAAAACUGCUUUGUGCUUUUGAUUGCCAUAAUCCCUUUGCAAUUACAUUCUGACUGUCAUUAACAAUACACACCUUGCACUACUGAGACACUCACUUUUGUAUCUAUGUUUUCUUCUGCUCUCUCUCUCUCUCUCUCUCUCUCUCUCUCUCUCUCUCUCUCUCGCUCUCUCCCUCUUCCCCACUCUCGUUUUCUGUCUGUUUUGAUGGCUUUGAAUUUGAAAUAAAUGUUGAUAUUUCUUCAAAACGUGAAUAUCUGCUAUGGAUAUGUUCGUUAGAGCAGUCAUCUUGUGAAGCGUGGCUGGACAGUGUUUCUGACACGCAUGGUCUUUCCAAGCUAUGUUUGAUCUGGUAAUGACCUUCCAAGGUCAGCUAAGCGCCUACACCAGAUCAUAGCAGUCACAGAGGCUUUCAUCAUCUUCAGUGAAACCAUCCUCUUAGUGCCUCUGCAUUAUUUGAACAGAUAGAGCUAGAUGUCAUAAUAAAGCUGUGGUGACUUACACCUUCAAGGAAGUGUUGAGAUGAGCUGUACACGUCAAGCCAGAUUAAAAAGGGAAUCUGUGUGUUUACCUACAAGGCUUCAUAGCGCCAAGAUCAUCGAUACUGGAGCUGUCAUUAGAGAUGAUCCGUUUGGUUGCCAACCAACUACUAGAGAAUCAGAGGAUGAGAAUCAGGACUUGAAUGAUGUGGACAGUGAUUUAAGGGAUGUAAUCAGGUCUGUGGCAUUAGGCAGAGGGAUCUUUGCUAGCUAUUUCCUCCCCCUCUCCUUCUUUUCUUCUCCACCUCUCCAUCUCUCCGUCAGUCUGUCAAAGAAUGUUAGUACACCCCAUCUUCCCCAUCUCCCUGAAUAGACAUUUUAAUGUGGAAACACACACACUCGGACGAUGACACACACUCACUGGGUCUCUAAAUCUGGACACACAUGCUCUAACUCUGAGACAUACUUUCAUACACACUCACAAAUUCACACACAUACACACAGUAUGGAGAUCGAAAACAGUUUGACUCACUUGUAAUGUAAUCUUCCUUUGAGAGACUACUGUGCCA